AGCUGAAUCAAAUUCCUGCCCUGUCAUUUUUCUCCCAAGUAAUGACCUGCGCAAAAUUCAAUAUGACCGAGCGAACUGCGUGAGCAUAUUAUAGUAACUGCCUGCUCGUGGGGGAGGCCCGGAGAGGGGUGAACCGCAGGUCACGGCGUCUAAAAAUUAUUAAAAUGUUCGAGAGCCUCGUGACGCGCCUAGCUGUUUAACAAAGACUGCCAAAGUAUGAGAUUAAUACGAAAACUUGCUCUUCAAAAACAAAAACACACCAAAAAAAAAAAAAAAAAAAAGUCCUUUUCCGGCCUCCGAGGGGGCCUGCGGUUCCUUUGCCCGCAGCCGCGGUUCGGUUUUCCGGACACACAAUAGUGGACAGGAGCGAGCUCAGCUGUUGCUCAGCGGGCCCACGGCGGCGGGUCGGCCAGGAGCAGGCGGAGAGCGGCUGGGUGAGUACUCUUGCCGGCUCAGGCCCUUGCUCCGUUCGGCGGCGGCACGCAUGGAGUGCCACCCGGCCGCUGGGGACUAGUCUCAGCUUGGCCCUCUGCUCGGGUUUUCCUUCCUCUCGGCUUCUCUUCCAGCUCGCCCAUAAAAAGGUGGAUGCUUUUCCUAGGCGGGGCACGCCUGUGAUGGCGCAGGCGGGCUGGGCUUGGGCAGCGAGAGGUCACACUAGCAACCUGUGGCUGCUUGGAGAAGGAGGCCAAGUGGUCUUCGAAGAACCUAAGAGCACUUGGGAGGUAGCCCAGAAGGUGCAUAAGCCUCUGGCUCCGCGCAUUUUUAUUGUUAUGCUUAUUGUUGUUGGUAUUCUGGGUGUAGAGGGGUGAGGCUGUCUCUAGCUGCGGUGAAACCUGUCCUGGGGGUUACUGAUGAAUCCUGUCCUCCACCCCUGGCGUCUACACAGGGAGGGAGUGUGGAUGGGGGGGUUGGUGUGAGGGCAGGUGGUGGCUCUCCAGUUCUCAGGAGCGAAAAAUCUCAGUGAUGAGGCCUAAGUUCAACCAUACCCUCUCUCUUGGUGCUCUGGACACCUGGGCCACAUCCCUUGUUAAGUGUAGAUCAGAAAAGAGGCCAACUCAGAUGCUCUCCCAAGCCGCAGGUGGGUUAGACGGGUGUAUGAGAGUGGGAGGUAUGGGGUAGGGAAGGGUCUGGACAGUUGGGGUGGGUUGUGACACCCCUAAAUACCCUUUGAGAAGAGUUGGUUCUUGCUGGAUAUUAGGGAUCUGGUAGGAAUCAAAGAGACACAUUUUGUCUGUGGGUGAUCAGAUUGAACCCUGUCUUUGAUGAAGAUGGAAACUACAUCGUAUUCUUUCUCUCCAGUUGUGCAUGAAUCUGGCCUAGCUAGGAGGGCAUUGGGGUUAGUAGCCAAACCCAGAGGCCAAGAUUGCAAUGGCUAGAUAUAGGAGUUUUUUUUUUUAAAAAAAACAAAACAAAAACAAAAAACAGAAACAGAGGUCUCAGGUGGGAUCUCUCCUACCCUACCCAGCAAUGGUUCCUGGUCUCUGCAUGGGUGAGGUGGUUUAAAGGGUUGUUUUGGCUUGUUUGUGUCUGUUCCUGAAAUUGGCAGUGUUCUAAUUUACUCAAUAAGGACAAAAGUAUUUCUUAAACCUGGGUGGCGAGGGGGCUUCCACUGGGCACACUGGCCCUCACCUGGUCACAGCUCUCAGGAUUUAAACUGCAGUUCCUUCAAGCCCAGUUUCCCAUUUUUCCAGUUUAAUAAACCAACAGUCACUGGGAGCCUCAGGAAGUUCAUUCAGAAACCCCAGAAUCCCAUUUUGGCCCCACCGCCAGCAACCCAAGCAGGUGGAUGGGCCCAGCUAGCCUGCCCUCUAGACAGAGAAUCUCCCUCUGGGGCUAAGAAGUGGAUAGUGGAGGUCCUCCUCACACCUCCGUGGGAUUGUCCCCUCAUUCCAGCCCCCGGGAGGUAUGAGGGAUAUGGGAGUUUGGGAGGGGCCUGCGCAUCAUCUGGCUGCAACUUUUAUGGUUCCUCAUUGCCCUUCAUUCGGAAAUGAAGCGCCUUUGAUCUUUUUCUCAGGUUGUAAACGGAAUUGCCCAUCAUUAAAUAUCCGGGAGCCCCCAUCUGCUGGGUCUCCCAGCAUUUUCCUUCACAGCUGUUUCUCUCUCUUCUUACCAUUCAAUUUUUCCAAAAGGACUUUUAUUACACCCCUUCACACCCAGCAACCCCUCUCUCCUCCCUUCGCUUUGGAAAAUAUCUAGAUAUGCGUUUGAUCACAAACUAAAGACUGUGGGGGCAAGGGAGGAGAGCUGGUUUGGGGUUUUGUUUUUUUCUUAAAAAAAAAAAAAGUCACAGGGGGAGGGGAGGGACUGAGCGCACCCAGAAAGGCCUGAUUCUGACUUCGAGGCAGCCUCAGGAUGACCCUUUCUCCUUUUGUACUUAGCUAAUGUUUACAUCUCAUAAUUCAUGCGCCACCGAAAGUCGCGCGGCAGCCACGAGGUUUGAGUCCCUUUGCCCAACAGCUGCUUUUAUUUUUGAUUUUCUUUUUUUUUUUUUUUUUUGGAUAAGAGAGUUGAAAACCUUGCAAUCCUAAGAAUGGACCCACAGUGACUUUUCUGCUCCCAGAGCUCAAAAUUAAAACAAAACGAAAUAAAAAGAAAGCAUGCAAACUACACCCCAAAAGAAGAACGCGCCGAAAGUAAGAGAACUGGAAAUUUCCUGGGCCAAGAAGACCUGUCUGUCUUCUGUAUAUACCCUGUAGAUCCGAAUUUGUGUAAGGAAUUUUGUGGUCACAAAUUCGUAUCUAGGGGAAUAUGUAGUUGACAUAAACACUCCGCUCUUUUUUUUUUUUCCCAGAAGAAAAAUAGAUUAUUUUCUAAAUGAGGACAAUCCAGUGACUGGCUUCGAGAAGACUCCUUCUUUUUCUUUCUUUUCCUCCCUCAACUGGUUAGGGAGAAAUCUCAUCUCCCUGAGGUGUUGCCCAUGCCUGCUCCUGGAAGCGUGGGUCCUUGUUCACUUAAAAGGUUCAUGUUACUGGUGUUUUAAAAUUUUAUCCUGAAGUCCAACCCUAUCUAUCUUCUAUUAGGAGUCUAGGGGGCUUUAUUGGAAAUCAUGGGGGAGAAACGAUUGCUUCUGCCUACAGGGUGCAAAGGCAAAGGAAAUUUGCUUUUUGAACGGAUGCGGAGGUCGUUAUUUCACUGGGUUCAGGACAAGACGCCCUGAAAAUACAAGGUUGCCGUGGGUGUUCUCGUGCAUGUGUCCUUGGUGGGGGUGUCACAGCUGGGGCUCCCUCCCUUAGAUCACAGGGAUGUGAAAUUUCUCUCGGCCACACAGGCAGAGGCGGCGGCUUUAGCGGCAAUUAGAACUCUCGGCGCCACACUUAGCAUUGCUUCGAUGAAUCUGGAAUUAGCAAAUUGCUGCUCAAUUUGUUCUCGAAACUUGCAGGUUUUGCUUUAUUCUAGCUUCUGUCGUUAGUGCGGGAACUCAAGUCGUUGCUCUGAGCGUGGGCCUUGUGGGUCAAAGGGAGGGAGUGGUUAGGAGGAGAGGACAGACUGACGGACACGGCGAAGCUAAUAGUGCAGCUAAAUGCGAUUUGGAAGGCGAAGUCUCCCCGAAUUAGUGCGUGAAUUUCCUAUCGAUCCGCCCGCGGUUCCAUUCAUCUCUGACAAGUCCCUCCGCGCACCCGCCCUCUAGCUCCCGACGCCUCCUCGCUCACCUCCUACUCCUCCCCAUCUGGCUGCUCGGAGAAGCCCCAAGCUCAGCGCCCCUCUAACCUAGUGGGUGCCCCUUUCAAGAAGGAGCCCCCUGGCCCUCCAGUCACUUCACUUCCUACACAGACACCGGGUGCGUGAGCUCCCACUCACCCUGGGGAGGAGAUGGGGCCCGGUGGAAGGAAGAGAACGGUUGACAGAGGUGAGGUAGGGCAGGGGGGCUACACCCGGAGCCCCAACUUCUGAGAGGGAUGCAGGGAUUGUGCUCGGCCCAGCCCCCCUAAAACAGGCCCUCCAGUUUUAACCCGCUCACUCCUAGGUCCUAGCUCUCCGUCUCUCUGCGCUGCGGAGAAAGCCAGGCGAGGAGGGGGUCGCCCCGCAGGAGCCCUAUGUAAAUCCUGGUGUUGGGUGGGUGGGGAGGGGGAGAGAAGGGGAAAUAAACCUCUUUGGCUGGAGUAGGGUCCGGGUGAGCAGAUUUCCUUAUCCGGGAAUCGCAGGCCGGGUGGCCAUUGGCUCCGAGGAUCACGUGGGCCCCAACUUUGUUCACUUGACAGUAAGUAGGAGGGCUUUCGGAAACAGGAAAACGAGUCAGGGGUCGGAAUAAAUUUUAGUAUAUUUUGUGGGCAAUUCCCAGAAAUUAAUGGCUAUGAGUUCCUUUUUGAUCAACUCAAACUAUGUCGACCCCAAGUUCCCUCCGUGCGAGGAGUAUUCACAGAGCGAUUACCUACCCAGCGACCACUCGCCGGGGUACUACGCCGGCGGCCAGAGGCGAGAGAGCGGCUUCCAGCCCGAGGCGGCCUUCGGGCGCCGUGCUCCGUGCACCGUGCAGCGCUACGCGGCCUGCCGAGACCCCGGGCCCCCGCCGCCUCCGCCGCCCCCGCCGCCCCCGCCACCGCCCGGGCUGUCCCCUCGGGCUCCCGUGCAGCCACCAGCCGGGGCCCUCCUCCCGGAGCCCGGGCAGCGCUGCGAGGCGGUCAGCAGCAGCCCCCCGCCGCCUCCCUGCGCCCAGAACCCCCUGCAUCCCAGCCCGUCCCACUCCGCGUGCAAAGAGCCCGUCGUCUACCCCUGGAUGCGCAAAGUUCACGUGAGCACGGUAAACCCCAAUUACUCCGGCGGGGAGCCCAAGCGCUCUCGGACCGCCUACACUCGCCAGCAAGUCCUCGAACUGGAGAAGGAGUUUCACUACAACCGCUACCUGACGCGGCGCCGGAGGGUGGAGAUCGCCCACGCGCUCUGCUUGUCCGAGCGCCAGAUCAAGAUCUGGUUCCAGAAUCGGCGCAUGAAGUGGAAAAAAGACCACAAGUUGCCCAACACCAAGAUCCGCUCGGGUGCCACCGCGGGCGCAGCCGGAGGACCCCCUGGCCGGCCCAAUGGAGGCCCCCCCGCGCUCUAGUGCCCCCCCAAGCAGGAGCUGGAACCUGGGGGGUGGGGGUGGGCAGCGAGCACCGAAGGGGGAUGCGGGGGUAUGGGAGGGUCCCCAGGCUUGAGCCCAGAAAAACCUAUCUACCCUACCCCCACUUUAUCUAUAAGGAAUAAACGCAGAGAAGGGGGGGUAGGGAAGCCUUAUUUAUAGAAACGACUCUAGGGAGCAGGGUGAAACCCUCCGGAAGCAAGAUUCAAGUCUCUUGCUUUCUUCCUUAAAAAAAAAAAAAGAAAGAAAAGAAAAGAAAGAAAGAAAAGAAGAAGGAAGAAAGGAAAAGACAGAAAGAGAAAUGGAGGAGCCUGCUGAGCCUGGUUUUCAGCUUUGGUGAAGAUGGAUCCACGUUUCAUCUUUAAUCAUGCCCGGCCUGGGCCCAUCUGUCUUGUUUACUCUGCCGAGGAGAGGACGAGCCUCGGUGGCGACCAUUACCUCGACACUCGCUAACAAAUGAGGCCCGGCCCGGCCGCCGCCGCCGCCGCCGCCGCCUCUGCUGCUGCCGCUGCUGGACCGCAGCCUGGAUUGUCUUUCUCUUUGUCCCUUACUCCUGACACCCAGCGAAGGCACCCUCUGACUGCCAGAUAGCACAGUGUUUUGGCCACGGUAACAGACACACACAUAACUUCCCUUCCUGUCGGUGCCCACCUUGGGGGGGGGGUGUGUGACUGCUCACCCGCUUCCACGCUAGGCUUAGAAGGGGGGACAGAAGGGAAGCAGGGGCGGCCUUCCCAACGUGGGUUCCAGAAUCUGAACCCAAGAAAUAUAAAAAAAUAAAUAAAUAAAAAUAAAAGAGAGAUUGAGACACCCAGGAGGACCUUCUGCUGGAAGGGUCCAGCCAGGCCUGGCAGGGUGAGGGGCAGCUGAGUUCUGGGAGCUGGGACUAUCUUCUGGCCAAUCCACAGUUCCACAGCAGAGGCCUUCUCUUAGACUGCAGAUGAAUGUGAAGUUAGGGAAUAAAAUGCUGUGGCCCUCCUACUCUGGAAGGACAAUGUUGCAGAGCCUUCUCCCGUUGUUAUCACUCUUGCAUUGUUUAUUAUUAUUAUUAUUAAUAUUAAUAAUAUUAUUAUUAUUUUAUGUCAUGUGUGUCCUCUCUCCUGUUCUCUUUCUGACAUUCCAAACCAGGCCCCUUCCUACCUCCGGGGCUGCCUGAGCCUAGAACCUUCUUUCAUUGGUGUGAAAAUUUGUGUCCUGUACAGAGUGACGACAGAAAUAAAUGUUUGGUUUCUUGUGACCAUCA